UUCUUUUCGGCUUUUUGAAGGAUUCGAAAAUGGCGUCUCUUGUUCGUCUUUCCAGAAAUGUUUUUCUCCGAUCUGCUCUCGGAGUGCGAUCAACAGUGGCUCCUAUCGCGGGAUCACACAUUCAGUUCCGUAAAUAUUCCACUCCAGGCAAAAUAAAAGUUCAAGGGCCUGUUGUGGAGUUGGACGGUGAUGAGAUGACAAGAAUUAUCUGGCAGAUGAUCAAAGAUAAAUUGAUAACCCCAUAUCUUGAUCUGGACAUCAAAUACUUUGACCUUGGCCUUGAACACCGAGAUGCAACUGAAGACAAGGUGACGGUUGAAGCUGCAGAAGCGAUCAGGAAAUAUAAUGUUGGAAUCAAAUGUGCGACCAUCACUCCUGAUGAGGCUAGAGUUGAAGAGUUCAAGCUAAAGAAGAUGUGGAAGAGUCCCAACGGCACUAUUCGUAACAUCCUCGGAGGAACAGUGUUUCGUGAGCCAAUCAUUUGUAAGACCGUUCCAAAGAUUGUCCCAGGAUGGACUCAGUCAAUUGUGAUUGGUCGUCAUGCUUUUGGUGACCAGUACCGAGCAAGAGACUUUGCCGUCAAUGGCCCAGGAAGUUUUGAAAUUUCCUUCACCCCUGAAACUGGUGGUAAGCUGACUACCGAAGUGUUUGAGUUCACUGGGACUGGAGGAGUAAUGAUGGGGAUGUACAACACAGAUGAGGCAAUCCGUGACUUUGCACACAGCUGCUUCCAGUACGCUCAGACCAAACAAAGGCCACUUUACAUGAGCACAAAGAACACCAUUUUGAAGAAAUAUGAUGGUCGUUUCAAGGACAUUUUCCAGGAAAUUUAUGAGAGGGAGUAUGAGCCUCAAUUCAAAACCCUCAAUAUCUGGUACGAGCAUCGUUUAAUUGACGACAUGGUUGCAUAUGCCUUGAAAUCUGAAGGAGGUUUUGUCUGGGCCGCCAAGAACUAUGAUGGGGACGUUCAAUCAGAUACUCUUGCUCAAGGCUUUGGUUCACUCGGUCUGAUGACCAGUGUGCUGGUUUGUCCUGAUGGAAAGACUAUUGAAUCAGAGGCAGCACAUGGUACUGUAACGAGACAUUAUCGGGAACAUCAGAAGGGGAAUGUUACGAGCACCAACCCUAUUGCCAGUAUCUAUGCCUGGACCCAAGGCCUGGCACACAGGGCUAAACUAGAUGGCAAUAAUGAACUUAAAACGUUCUGUAAUGCAGUAGAACAGGCCUGUGUUGACACUGUUGACAGAGGCGAAAUGACUAAAGACUUGGCAGCCUGUAUUCACGGACUACCAAAUGUCAAGAGAGAACAUUAUCUGUCAACUGAGGAAUACUUUGAUGCAGUAGUCAAAAGACUACAUGAAAUAUUGAAGCAAUGAUCCAUUAUUAGUGAUACCAAUGUUUGAAAGGAAGAAGUAAUAUAAGUUAUUGAUAGACAUCUCAUAGUUAGUUUUGAUUCCAAGUUAUUGUAUUGAAAUUCCAAUACAGUCAAACCUAGUACUAUGGUUUUGAAGCCACUUUAAACAAAUUCGUGAAAGGUCUGUAAAUUGAAUUUUAGAUUUCUUUGGUUCAGUACCCUGAAGAAUGUUUUUUUUUUUCCAUUUCUUUUUUCUGUAAAGCUAGUGUUGUGCAUGUGCGUGUGCGUGUGUGAAUAUGGACAUCAACAGAGUGGCUAUUGUCCAUCAGUACUAGUAACACCUUUUGUUAAACAAACCAUUUACAUCAUAGUACGAAUGGGUAUGAUACAAAUCUCAAAACAUUUUUCCCUUCUAAUAAAAUACAUUUGUAGACAAGGUC